AUGAAAUGCGGCGGCUGUGUGGGCGCCGUGGAGCGGCUGCUGUCCGGCCACCCCGCCGUCGCGGCCGCCAGCGUCAACCUGGCCACGGAGACUGCCCUCGUGACCAUUCGGCUGCCGGGUGACAGCGGUGGCAGCGGCAGCAGCAGCACGAAAGGCGAUUUGGUGCUGACAUUUGGCGGUGGCAGCAGCAGCGGUGGUGGCGCGGCUGGGGUGGCGGAGCAUGCAGCGCUAGAGGCCAUUGGGGGCGAGCUGGCGCAGGUGCUCAGCGACGGCGGCUUUUCCGCGCGCGUCCGCCCCCGCGAGCGCGCGCGCGCCGCGUCUGCCGCCGCGGACGCCUUUGCCCAGAAGCGCGCCGAGCGCGAGGCGCGGCUGGGCGCGUCGACGCGCAACCUGGCGGUGGCGUGGGCGCUGUCGCUGCUGUGUGGCGUCGGACACCUGGGGCACGUGUGGGCGGGGGCGCCGGCCUGGGUGCAUGCGCUGCACCACCCGGCGCUCAGCGCGACGCUCUCGGCCGCGGCACUCCUGGGCCCCGGCCGUGAGAUUCUGACGUCCGGCCUGGAGGCGCUGCAGCGCGGCCGCCCCGACAUGAACAGCCUCGUGGGGCUGGGGGCCGCCGCCUCCUUCGGCGUCAGCUGCGCGGCGGCGGCGGUGCCGCGGCUGGGGUGGCCCACGUUUUUCGAGGAGCCCGCCAUGCUGCUGGGCUUUGUGCUUCUCGGCCGCUCCCUCGAGGAGCGCGCCAAGCUGGCGGCGUCCUCAGACAUGGCGGCGCUGCAGGGCUUGGUGCCGACACGCGCACGCCUCCUGCAUUGCAUCAACACCAGCAGCAGCAGCAGCAGCAGUAGCAGUGGCAGCAGCAGCAGCAGCAGCAGCAGCAGCAGUAGCAGUAGCAGUAGCGUUGUUGGCGGCAGCGAAACAAGGGAAGGGCGGCGGCGGCGUGGCGGUGCAGCGCCGGCUGACAGCGGCAGCGACAGCGAGGCUGCGGCAGCAGCUGCGGCAGCCGCGGCCGCAGCCGCGCUAGCGAGCAGCGGCGGUUGGUCAGAGGUGGCCGCAGAGGCGGUGUCACCGGGUGACCUGCUGGUGGUGCUUCCCGGUGACAGGGUGCCCGUUGACGGGGUGGUCGUGGGCGGCCGCAGCACCGUCGACGAGAGCGCCCUGAGCGGGGAGCCCCUGCCCGUCACCAAGUCACCCGGCAGCCACGUCACUGCGGGCACCCUCAAUUGCAACGGCGCGGUGACGGUGCGGGCAGAGGCGAGCGGGCAGCAGACCGUGAUCGCGGAUAUCGUGAGGAUGGUGGAGGCCGCGCAGGCGCGGACUGCGCCCAUCCAGCGGCUUGCAGACCAGGUGGCGGGGCGCUUUGCGUACGCAGUGAUGGGUCUGUCUGCCGCCACCUUUGGCUUCUGGUCCACUGUCGGCACGCGGCUCUUCCCGGGCGCGGUCUCCGCGGCCGCGGCCGCCAACGCCGCCGGCAGCGCGGCGGUCAAGGCCCUGCCAGUCUGCUGCCGCCCCGCAGCCGCAGCAGCAGCAGCCGCCGCCGUGCCUGCGGGCGCGGCCGGGCUGCUGCUGAGCCUGCAGCUGGCGUGCAACGUGCUGGUGGUGGCCUGCCCCUGCGCCCUGGGGCUUGCGACGCCGACGGCGGUGCUGGUGGGCACGGCGGCGGGCGCGCGGCGGGGGCUGCUGGUGCGGGGCGGGGACAUCCUGGAAGCCACAGCUCAGGUGGACACCGUCGUGUUCGACAAGACCGGCACGCUGACGCGCGGGCAGCCGCAGGUGGCGGGCGUCACCCUGCUGGCCCCGGGGUUCAGCGGCGGCGAGAUGCUGCUGCUGGCGGCCGCCGUCGAGCGCCAGGCCACACACCCAGUGGCCAAGGCGCUCGUCGCGGCCGCGGCGGCGGGUAGUGCUGGGGACGCGUUGACAGCGGCGGACGUGGGCGAUGCCGCAGGCGUGUUGAGCGGACAGCAGCAGCAGCAGCAGCAGCAGCAGCAGCAGCAGCAGCAGCAGCGGGUGUGCGGCAAGCGUCGCCGAUUGUGGGGCCGAGACGACUGCGAGCAGUCAAACGGCGAGCAGCAGCACGGCGGCGGGAGCAGCAGCCGCUUCAGCGCCAGUGGCGGCGGUGACAGCAGCAGCAGCUGUGACGGCCGGGGCGGUGCGUCCCGUCUGCAUGUGGAGGCGGGCUCCUUCCUGCAGGAGCCGGGCAGCGGGGCGGUCGCGGUGGUGGGCGGCCGCCGCGUGGCGGUCGGCACCUUGGAGUGGGUCGAGAGGCAGGGCGCGGUGCUCGCGGGCGGCGGCCCCGCUGGCGAGGGUCAGGGGCAGGGGCAGCAGCGAGCGGAGCUGGAGGAGCAGUGGCAGCAGGGGCAGCGGCAGCGGAGCGUGGUGGACGGGCAGGGCUGCGUGCUGGCGGGGCACACGCAGGUGUAUGUGGGGGUGGAUGGCGCCGUGGUGGGCCUGGUGGAGGUUGCUGACCAGGUACGCCCGGACGCCGCGAGCACCGUGGCGCAGCUGCGCGCCCAGGGCCUGCGCACCCUCAUGCUCUCGGGGGACCGCCGGGAGGCGGCCCUGGCGGUGGCGGCCGCGGUGGGCAUACCGGAGUCCGACGUGCACGCGGGCGUGAAGCCGGCCGGCAAGGCGGCGCUGGUGGAGAGCCUGCGGGCGUCGGGGCGCCGCGUGGCCAUGGUGGGGGACGGCGUCAACGACACGGCCGCGCUGGCAGCCGCGGACGUCGGGGUGGCCAUGGCGGGCGGCGUGGACGCGGCGAGCGACGUGGCGUCCAUCGUGCUGAUGGGGGACCAGCUGCACCAGGUGUGGUUCAGGGUGUUCCGCACCACCAGGCGGCGCCUGGGGGCCGGGCUGGUUGCGCAGGGCGGCGGGCGCUCGGUUGUGCCGACGCGGGCGGGCGCUCGGGUGGCUGAUGCUGUGCACCUGGCGCGCCGCACGAUGACCAAGAUCAAGCAGAACCUCGGAUGGGCCUUUGCCUAUAACCUCGUGGGCAUACCCCUGGCGGCCGGCGCGCUGCUGCCGGGCGCGGGGGUGGCGCUGACGCCGAGCGUGGCGGGCGCGCUCAUGGGGCUCAGCAGCCUGGCCGUCAUGGGCAACUCGCUCACGCUGCAGUGGGACGCGGGCGCGCGGCACGCACCCGUGGCGGCGGCGGCGGCCGGGCCGGGCAGCGGCGCUCUGUGA